CCCAUUUUUCGUCUUCUCUCUUUCAUCUGAGCCAGCCAGCCACAUCUCGCUUCUCGUUUCUCAUUUCUUCUGCAACAGUUCUUUCCUUCUUUUUCUUCUCUCUCUCUUUCGUCUCAGCCACAACUCCCUCACUUCUCCAAGCUCUGAGUCUAAGGAUCAAACUCAGACUGUUUUAUCGCCCUUUCGUCUCAUUAAUUGUUCUUCUCCUCUGUCUCACCCGAACUGGGCUUUGGGUAGCCUAAUUUAGGCUUUGUAUAGGGGCAAUUUUAACUAGGGUUUUUAAUCUGUGAGUAAUUGAAAUUGUGGAAAGUAGAAGAAGAAGAAGAUGAUGGUGGAGGAUCUUGGUGUGGAAGCCAAGGAAUCAGCGGUUCGUGAGGUUGCCAAGCUCUUCCCUCUUCCUGAACUCCUUCAGUCCAUAGCAUCCGUCAAGGCCGAUUACAUUGCUCGCCAACAGGCUAAUGAUGCACAACUUAGCACUAUGGUUGCCGAGCAGGUUGAACAAGCACAAGCUGGGCUGGAAUACCUGUCCUUAUCUCAAAAAUCAAUAAACCAACUUCGUGAAAACUUCGUUUCUAUUGAAAAGCUAUGUCAAGAAUGCCAAACAUUGAUUGAAAACCAUGAUAAGAUAAAGCUGCUUAGCAAUGCAAGGAAUAACUUGAAUACAACCCUGAAGGAUGUUGAGGGUAUGAUGUCAAUUUCUGUUGAAGCUGCUGAGGCACGGGAUUCUUUGAGUGAUGAUAAAGAACUCAUUAAUACAUAUGAGAGGUUAACAGCUCUUGAUGGAAAGCGGAGGUUUGCAUUAGCAGCUGCAGCAUCUCACAAGGAAGAGGUUGGCAGGCUUAGAGAAUAUUUUGAAGAUGUUGAUAGGACCUGGGAGACAUUUGAGAAGACAUUAUGGGGCCAUGUUUCCAACUUCUAUAAUCAUUCCAAAGAAAGCCCUUCAACAUUGGUUCGUGCUUUAAGGGUUGUUGAAAUGCAAGAAAUCCUUGACCAACAACUUGCUGAAGAAGCAGCUGAGGCUGAAGGAGGUGGUGCCAUGGCAUCAAUUGCAAAUCCUCGUAGAACUGCCAAAAAGUCUACCACAGCAACGGCUUCUUCAAGAAACCUGACACAGCAGAAAUUGAAUUUUCAAGGCAAAGGCUAUAAGGACAAAUGCUAUGAGCAAAUAAGGAAGACUGUUGAAGGACGAUUCAACAAGCUUCUGACAGAGCUUGUUUUCGAGGAUCUUAAGGCAGCAUUAGAGGAAGCUCGAACGAUUGGAGAAGAGCUUGGAGAUAUAUAUGACCAUGUGGCCCCUUGUUUCCCCCCAAGAUAUGAAAUAUUCCAACUCAUGGUCAAUCUGUAUACUGAGCGAUUCGUUCAAAUGCUUAGAUUACUCAGUGACAGGGCAAAUGAAAUGACGAACAUAGAGAUUUUAAAGGUAACUGGUUGGGUGGUUGAAUACCAAGAAAAUCUGAUUGGGCUUGGGGUUGAUGAGUCCCUUGCUCAAGUGUGUUCUGAGAGUGGUUCCAUGGAUCCCCUUAUGAAUUCAUAUGUUGAGAGAAUGCAAGCUACAACAAGGAAAUGGUACUUGAAUAUCUUAGAAGCCGAUAAGGUACAGCCACCAAAGAAAACAGAAGAUGGGAAGCUAUAUACACCAGCUGCUGUUGAUUUAUUCAGGAUCCUAGGAGAGCAAGUGCAAAUUGUUCGUGAUAAUAGCACUGAUCUCAUGCUGUACAGAAUUGCCUUGGCAAUUAUUCAGGUAAUGAUUGAUUUCCAAGCUGCUGAAAGGCAGAGACUUGAAGAACCUGCUUCAGAAAUUGGUUUGGAACCUUUAUGCGCAAUGGUUAACAACAACUUGCGCUGCUAUGAUCUUGCAAUGGAGCUAAGUAAUAGCACUUUGGAAGCUCUUCCACAAAACUAUGCUGAGCAGGUCAACUUUGAAGACACAUGCAAAGGUUUCUUAGAGGUUGCAAAGGAAGCCGUGCAUCAAACUGUCAGUGUUAUCUUUGAAGAUCCAGGAGUGCAGGAUUUACUUGUCAAGCUUUAUCAGAAGGAGUGGUGUGAAGGACAGGUUACUGAGUAUCUAGUUGCAACCUUUGGUGAUUAUUUUGCAGACGUGAAGAUGUAUAUUGAAGAAAGAUCAUUCAGGAGAUUUGUUGAGGCUUGUUUGGAGGAAACAGUGGUUGUUUACGUUGAUCAUCUUCUAACACAGAAGAACUACAUCAAGGAAGAGACCAUUGAGAGGAUGAGAUUAGAUGAAGAGGUUCUGAUGGAUUUCUUUAGGGAGUAUUUAAGUGUUUCUAAAGUUGAAAGCAGAGUUAGAAUACUGAGUGAUUUGAGAGAACUUGCUUCUGCAGAGAGCCUGGAUACCUUCACCCUCAUUUACACAAAUAUUCUUGAACAUCAACCUGACUGUCCGCCUGAGGUUGUUGAGAAGCUUGUUGCAUUGCGAGAAGGCAUACCACGGAAGGAUGCCAAGGAGGUCGUACAAGAGUGCAAAGAGAUAUAUGAGAAUUCUCUUGUCAAUGGGAACCCAGGAAAAUCAGGUUUUGUUUUUCCAAGAGUGAAGUGUUUAUCAAGUUCCAAGGGAUCCAUAUGGCGGAAGCUAACUUAGUUGAACAUCAACUACUGCACUGCUCCCACUCGUAAACUUGUUCUUGUAUCAGACUGGAAAACUGCUCUGCCAAUUGCGUUUGUAUAUUUGAAAUCUUACUCGUUUUAUUACUUGUAAGUAUGCUACUUUUCCCUAAUCAUUUUUGUCCUCUCGAAGAAAAUUUGUAUUUUUUUAUUUAAUUUUAAUAAAUAUGAGCUUGUAAGUUACAUCUAUUAUUUGAAUUCACUUCUAUUAAAA